CUUUCAGCGCCAAGGAUGUUUGUCUUGCUCUAUGUUACAAGUUUUGCCAUUUGUGCAAGUGGACAACCUCGGGGUAAUCAGUUCAAAGGAGAAAGCUACUCCCCAAGAUAUAUCUGUAGCAUCCCUGGUUUACCUGGACCUCCAGGCCCCCCUGGAGCAAAUGGUUCCCCUGGGCCCCAUGGUCGGAUUGGCCUUCCGGGAAGAGAUGGUAGAGACGGCAGGAAAGGAGAGAAAGGUGAAAAGGGGGCUGCAGGUUUGAGAGGUAAGACUGGACCACUGGGCCUUGUUGGACAGAAAGGGGACCAAGGAGAGACUGGGAAGAAAGGACCCAUAGGGCCAGAGGGAGAGAAAGGAGAAGUAGGUCCCGUUGGGUCUCCCGGACCAAAGGGAGACAGAGGUGAUCAAGGGGACCCGGGGCCGCCUGGAGUCUGCAGGUGUGGAAGCAUCGUGCUCAAAUCUGCCUUUUCUGUUGGUAUCACAACGAGCUACCCAGAAGAAAGACUUCCUAUUGUAUUUAACAAGGUCCUCUUCAAUGAGGGCAAACACUACAACCCUGCAACUGGGAAGUUCAUCUGUGCUUUCCCAGGAAUCUAUUACUUUUCUUAUGAUAUCACAUUGGCUAAUAAACAUCUGGCAAUUGGGCUGGUACACAAUGGGCAGUACCGGAUAAAGACCUUCGACGCCAACACGGGGAACCAUGAUGUGGCUUCGGGAUCCACAGUCAUCUAUCUUCAGCCAGAAGAUGAAGUCUGGCUGGAGAUCUUCUUCACGGACCAGAAUGGUCUCUUCUCAGACCCAGGUUGGGCAGACAGCUUGUUCUCCGGAUUUCUCCUAUAUGUUGACACAGAUUAUCUGGAUGCUAUAUCGGAAGACGAUGAACUGUGAUCAGGACUGCUGAUCUAAACGUUCGGAGUUCCUCGUGGCAGACACUUGGUUCAAUCUGGGGCCCUACAAGGUGGAAUGGGCAGCAAUGGGAUUUGAAGAAACGCCA